UAUUCAGCAGAUCCUUUGUGUACCCUCGGGUAUAAAAACCCGGCGCCGCAAUCAGUUGUUCUCACUCAGCUUGACUUCACAACUCAAGACAAGUUUGAAGCAACGAGAUGAAGUUGGCACUCUUCUUCCUGGGCGUCUGCCUGGCGCAGGCUGCCCUGAACCCCGAGGAACUUCGGGAAAAGGUUUUCGAACAAGGCAAGGAAUACGUCUACAAAUACGAGGGAGAUGUCAAGUCCGGCAUCCCCCAGACCUCCGACAAGUACUCCGGCAUGAAGAUCGAGGCUGAGGUUCGCCUGCAGUUCAAGACCGACAAGGACGUCCUGAUGCGCCUGGAGAAGAUCAAGUUCAAGUCCCUCCGCGGCGAGAUGGAGUCUCCCGAGGAGCGCGAGCUGAGGCUUCUCGCCAAGGAUCCCAAGGAGGAGAAGCGCCCCGAGCAGCGCCAGCGCCACGCCUUCGACCAGGAGUUCCAGAAGAGCACCGAGUUCGAGCUGGACUUCGACUCCGAGGAGCGCCUCUCCGUGGAGCGCACCCUCUCCGAGGAGCAGGAGCGCCGCGACCAGCAGGAGCGCAACCAGCAGAAGAAGUCCCGCAAGUCCAGCAGCGAGCAGGAGGAGUCCAUCUGGGAGGCGUCCCGCGAGGUUCAGGAGGAGGUCUCCGAGACCGAGAAGUCCAUGACCGAGCUGCGCCGCCACCUGGAGAAGACCGUCCUGGUCCGCUACGAGAAGGGCAACGUCACCAAGAUCGAGGCCCAGAAGGACGAGCCCCAGGAGUCCGUCAACAUCAAGCGUGGUAUCUGGAACAUGCUCCAGGUCACCAUGGACCCCAAGAACGUCGAGACCCUGGACAAGGACUCCAAGGACAAGAGCAAGUCCAACCGCGCCUACGACAAGUCCACCGAGAAGCUGUUCCGCAUCAUGGAGCAGGACGUGAGCGGCCAGUGCGAGACCCAGUACGACAUCCGCGAGUCCCGUCUGCAGAAGAACCUGUUCGAGGUCACCAAGACCAAGGACUACCAGAACUGCCGCCAGAAGGUCGAGAAGCUGCACUCCCUCCUCUCCGCCAAGAAGAGCAAGGACGAGAGCAAGGACCGCAAGGAGGACAAGCUGGAGUCCAGCUCCGUCUCCCGUCUGCUGGUCGUCUCCGACAAGCUCCGCAGCGACAAGUUCCUGAUCCAGCAGUCCGAGGUCCGCUCUCAGCACGUCUUCCAGCCCUACAGCAAGCAGGGCGGUGAGGUCAUCACCUUCUCCAAGCAGACCCUGAAGCUGAAGGAGGCCAAGCAGAUGUCUGAGCGCAUGCCCGAGCCCCUUGAUUCCGAGCUGAAGGGAAACCUGAGCUUCGUCUUCGAGAAGGUACUUCCAAAGUGUUGUUCUGAGGAGUCCCAGAGGACCGACUCCGAGGAGCGCCGCGAGGAGAAGACCCAGGAGAGGAAGGAGAAGAUCGAGCGUCUGUCCAAGGAGAUCUCCAAGGAGAUGAAGCACUCCGUCUCCGAGCAGGCCCCCCGCAAGUUCGUCGAGCUCGUCAAGGAGCUGCGUCAGCUGAACGAGGAGCAGAUGAAGAAGAUCCUGAAGGAACUGAUCACCAAGCCCCUGAACCAGGGUGAGCAGAGGAAGCAGCGCCUGACCCACGAGCAGGUCCAGGAGAAGAACCAGACCCGCAAGGUCCUGCUGGACGCCGUCUCCCUGGUCGGCAAGCGCGAGGCCCUCCGCGCCGUCCGUGAGCUGAUGGAGCUGAAGAGGCUCUCCGAGAGCGAGACCGAGCUGCUCCUCACCGGCCUGUCCCUGUCCAUCCAGCCCUGCCCCAGCACCACCCGCGAGAUGCUCGAGAUCGCCAAGUCUGAGCGCUCCCAGGAGAGCAAGCAGAUCCGCAAGUCCGCCUGGCUGUCUCUCGGCACCAUGAUCAACGGCAUGAUCAACAAGCAGAAGGACGGGCAGAUGAGGAAGAGGCGCCCCCAGGACCAGGAGCAGCUGGAGCAGAUCAAGAGGGAGUUCUCCCGCGAGCUGCUGAAGGGUAUUGAGGAGGAGAAGUCUGAGGAGGAGAAGCUGAUCUUCCUCCGCGCCAUCAAGAACGCCGGUCUGGAGCAGACCAUCGACCGUCUGCAGGAGAUCAUCUCCGGCAAGGACUCCGAGACCAACACCAAGGAGGUGCGCGUCCAGGCCAUCGAUGCCAUGAGCCGCGUCGCCAAGAAGCUGCCCAACAAGGUGCGCCAGAUCGCCCUGCGCGUCUUCCAGAACCCCGAGAAGUCCGAGUCCGAGCGCAUCCGCGCCUACGAGCUGAUGAUGAAGACCAAGCCCACCCUGUCCUUCAUCGAGCUGAUCGCCCAGUCCACCCAGAGGGAGACCUCCAACCAGGUCGGCCAGUACGUGUACACUGACCUGAAGAGCCGCUCCGAGAGCAAGCUGCAGCAGGACAAGAAGAUGAGCCAGCUGUGCAAGAUCGCCCUCCGCCUGUGCAAGCCCUUCAACAAGGGUAUCCAGUACUCCGAGAGCCGCAAGUUCCAGAUGGUCGAUGAGGACCUCGACAUGGGUGUCUCCCUGGACCUGAAGUCCAUCAGCGACAAGAAGUCCAUCUUCCCCAAGGACGUGCGCGCCCAGCUGAGGCUCAGCGCUCUCGGCUACGACAUCGAGCUUCUGGAGAUCGCCGGCCGCGCCGAGGGUCUGCAGUCCAUGAUCGACUCCGUCCUGAGCAAGAAGCAGGAGGAGAAGAAGAACGUGUUCGACUACAUGAUGAAGAAGACCCGCGAGAGCAGCGAGGAGUACAGGAAGACCAAGGAGCAGAGGCAGAAGAACAUCGCCGACAUCGAGACCGAGAAGAUCCAGCGCAGCCUGCCCAUCGAGACCCGCCGUGACGAGGAGCCCCGCCUGACCUACUCCACCAAGUGGUCCGACAACGAGAUCAGCUUCCAGCAGUUCGACAAGGAGGAGCUGAAGAAGAUGGUCCGUGAGGGCAAGCUGCCCAUGUCCGACCUGGAGGAGCAGCUCCGCAAGGGCCUCAAGCACCAGAGCUCCAAGACCACCUUCCUGGUCGAGGCUUCCCGCCAGAUCCCCACCACCCUGGGUCUGCCCCUGCACCUGAACCUGACCUCCGUCCUGAUCGUCAAGUCCAAGUCCGAGGGCAAGCUGGAGGUCACCCCCCGCAUGUUCCGUGAGGACCGCCCCCGUGAGCAGAAGGAGGUGCGCCGCAUCGAGUCCGAGCUCAAGAGCAACCAGACCAUCGUCCUGUACACCACCGGCAAGAUGACCGUCCUGUCCCGCGUGCUGAAGUCCGGCGUCGCCAUCAACGUGACCCUGAACACCACCCUGCCCGUCAGCGGCAAGCUGUCCAUGGACCUGGAGAGCCAGAAGUACAAGCUGACCAUGGAGACCCCCGAGCAGGAGCGCGAGCUCGUCACCCUCAAGUCCACCCCCUUCGUCUACACCGAGCAGAAGCAGACACGUAAGGACCGCAGCGGCCGCAAGGAGGAGACCACCCGCCGCCAGGAGAUCACCAUCAAGGGCAAGAAGAUCCAGAAGACCCCCACCGAGUACAACCGCACCUUCGGCCGUGAGGAGUUCGGUGUUGAGUUCCGCCUGAACUCCAGCAUGGUGUCCCGCCUGAACAAGGAGAAGCGCUCUCCCUUCCAGCCCCUGACCGGCCCCGUCGAGCUGCGCCUGUCCGUCAGGCCCGGCCAGAACAAGCCCAAGGAGGUCGAGAUCGAGCUGGAGCAGAAGGAAGUCCGUCCCAGCAGCUCUGAGAGGUCUGAGGAGCGCGAGCAGCAGCAGAAGAAGGACCGCCGCAUGGAGAUCGUCAUCCGCGCCAAGCACGACCGCCAGGACCGCGAGAUGAAGAUCAAGAUCCAGGACAGCGAGGAGAAGUUCGAGGAGGACCCCCGCCAGCGCCAGCUGGAUUCCCGCGAGCAGAGGCUCCCCAAGAAGUUCCUGGUGCGCUCCAUCCAGGAGCCCGAGCCCCAGGUCUCCUCCGAGACCCGCGAGUCCCUGAAGGAGUCCCAGAAGAAGCAGACCCGCCGCACCAUCGCCGUCCAGAUCGAGCGCAAGCGCCUCCAGAACGAGCGUGAGGACUUCAAGGCCUGCGUCAACAUGGAGUUUGAGUACCCCAGCUACGCCGACUACCGCCUGGUCCAGGACCGCAUCCAGAAGACCAAGAUCGACGCCAAGUGGGGCCGCGACUGCUCCGGCAACGACAAGAAGAUGACCCUGAAGGCCAAGUUCCAGAAGUCCGUUGAGCAGCGCAAGCAGGAGCGCAAGGAGGAGCAGAUGUACGAGCAGGCCCCCAAGAACAGCAAGGAGUGGCUCCGCAAGGAGACCGAGCAGGACUUCGAGUCCUUCCUCGAGAGCCUGAGCGAGGUCUGGACCCUCGGAGAGCGCAGCGAGUCCCGCAGCGAGUCCUCUCAGGAGCGCAGCUUCUGGGACAGUAGCGAGAAGAGGGAGUACUUCUCCGAGACCCACUCCGACAAGAAGAGGGAGGUCCGCGAGAACGUUUUCAGGAAGUGCCUGCAGGACCGCCGCCAGGGACGCACCUACUCCGCCGCCUGCCUGAAGGCCAUCGAGCAGCGCAGCCAGCUCCGUGAGCUGGACAUCGAGAUCGAGCACCAGAACCUGCCCACCUGGAUGAAGCAGCUGGUCUCUGACCUGCACAAGCACACCCAGCACACCUUCUGGGACCGCACCUCCGUCAAGGACGUCGAUGUCCGCAACGAGGAGAACAAGCUGCGUCUGCGCCUGACCGUCGACAAGGAGUUCAAGGAGAUGAACGUCUCCAUCAAGACCCCCCGCGAGGAGACCAACAUGACCCGCAUCUCCCUGGAGCAGCCCAAGCUGAAGAUCAACCUGCAGAAGGUCCUGAAGACCGAGCUGCCCCUCAAGAUGGACCUGAGCAUCCCCAUGCCUCUGCGCUUCCCCUCCACCAAGUAUUCUCUGUCUCAGGAGUACCAGGACAGGCUCAUGAACAAGCAGUACUGGCCUUACUGCAAGGUCGAGUCCGAGUCCAGAAAGAUCCGCACCUUCGACAACGUCGAGUACAAGUACGAGCUGAGCCAGUGCGACCACAUCCUGGCCAAGGACGCCUCCCCCGAGGAGCGCUUCAUGGUCCUCAUCAGCAAGAAGACCGAGCAGAAGCCCGAGAACACCCUCAAGGUCUUCCUGGAGGGCAAGAAGGUCGAGCUGCGCUCCCGCGAGGAGUCCGAGAGCCGUCGCCAGCAGGAGCAGGAGCAGAAGUCCCAGGAGUGGACCAGCAGGGAGGAGGAGUCCCACAAGCACCGCGAGAUGGAGAUCACCGUCGACGGCCGCCAGGUUGAGGUUCAGCCCGAGAGCCAGAUCCAGAUCCGCAGGGACCAGAACGACCGCAACAGCGAGGUUCUUUUCACCAUCCAGAGGUCCGGCAAGAUGGUCAAGAUCAUCAGCCAGAAGCUCGGCCUGAAGAUCAAGCACGACGGACACUCCACCUGGGUCAAGGUUUCCAACAGCUUCCGCAGCAAGAUGGCUGGCCUGUGCGGCAACUUCGACGGUGAGCAGACCAAGGAGUACUCCGGCCCCAGCGAGGAGAUCUACCAGUCCCACAAGAUGUUCGCUCUGUCCUACCAGGUCCCCAGCAAGCAGUGCGAGACUGAGGGCAAGAAGCUGCCCCAGAUGCGCAACGUCAUGAUCUCCCGCACCAACGAGAACGGUAAGGAGGAGACCUGCUUCUCCAAGACCCCCGUCCCACAGUGCCCCGAGGGCUCCAGGAAGACAAAGUCUGAGAAGAGCCAGAUGGAGUUCCACUGCCUCUACACCAACCUCGAGAGCACAAAGAAGAUGAUUAAGCUGCACCAGACGAAGCCCCUGGAGAAGAUGAUGUCCAAGAAGACCGACCGCGUCCAGGAGAUCGAGGCUGAGUUGGAGUGCCGCGAGCAGUAAACAACUACUCACCCGCCCUCCCUUUCAUCCACCCUUUCCGAGACGUGAUCAACUAGUGUAAAAUUGUUAGGAUUUUGGACUGUAUAUUUAGGAGAAUUCUAUGCAAAACAACUAUAAUGAUUUUUACAGUUUGCUAUACUACUACCAUGUGAAAAGUUUUAAAAAACACGAUCAGGUUAUCGUUGCGUGUGAACUUGAUAUGUACACGGACUGUUGUUAUAUCAUAAAUGGUGCUCACCUCACAGUUGUCUGUUUUUUCAGGGUUUUUGUCUUUUGUUACAUUUGAGGCACAUUAAAGAUCAACUUAAGACGAA